AGAGAGCCGAGCUGAGGUUGGCAAGGCAGCUCCUGGGCUUCCCCAAUCCCAGAGGCUGGGGCGGGAGCCUGGGUGGCCCGGCCUCCACCUCCGAGUCUGGGUGCCCGGCCGUGGGCAGGCGGGACGGGGCCUGGAGCGGGCCCAGGACGGAGCUAAUGAUCAACCAGCCCUCAGAGGCGGUGCAGCAGCGUGGGGCCUGCCUCCCGCCAGCGGCCUGGGCGCAGGGAGGAAGUGGGGCAGGAAGCAGGGGCGGGGGCGGCUGCGGUGCCGUCAGCGGGCUGUGGGCGGCCGCUGCCCCUGGCCGGCGGAGACCAGGGUCAGAAACAGCCACCUGGUGCCCGGGGUCCUGCAGCUGGUGGCCCGGGGGCGGCCUGAGGAGCUGAGCACAGGGGCCAGCCCGGCAUGUCCCGCCCCCGGCGCUGAGGCCACUGAGGGUCAUGGAGGGCCCGGUGGAGGUGGCCGCUGAGGAGCCGGCCCCGACAGGGAGGGGUCUCACGGGGUCUUCCGGAGGCAGCGGCGGUGGCAAGGUCCGGAGAGUGGCCGUGAGCGCCUCGGUCGUCUGGGAGAAAGCAGGUCCGGAGGAGGCCAAGGCCGCCGUCGGAGAGGAUGCAGCUCCCAGCCCUGGUGCCUCUCAGCCGGCUGCCGGACCCUCUCCUGGCCAGAUGGGAUCGUACCCCACAGACCUGACCCUGCAGCUGCUGGCCGUGCGCAGGAAGAGCGGACUCCCGGACCCCGGCCUGCAGCGGGCCCUGCGGGGCCGGCUCCGCCUGCUGGAGAACGACAGCUGGGAGGUGGCCCGCGCCCUGGGGGAGCUGUCCGCCAGGCUGCUGUCCAUCCACAGCGACCAGGAUCGGAUCGUGGUGACGUUUAAGACUUUUGAAGAAAUCUGGAAGUUUUCCACCUACCAUGCUCUUGGCUUCACGCCUCACUGCCUGGAAAACCUGCUCGUGGACCAGACCUUCUGGCUGCUGGCACCGGACGAGGACGAGGAGACAGCCAUCCAAGUCCACGUGGACGAGGAGGCCUUGAGGCUGACGCACGAGAGCCUGCUCGUGCAGGAAGGGCCCUUCUUUGUCCUGUGUGCUGACCACCACGUGAGAGUGGCCACUGGCCCCCAGCCCCCCAGGCGGGCUGCAGCGGGUCCCCACGCUGAGGCAGCCCAGACAGUGGACUCAUCGGCCCCCCGCCCGCGCACAUCCUCGGAGGAGAGGGCAGCAGUGGCCACUCCUGAGCCUUUGAUUCCGUUCCAUCAGUGGGCCCUUCGGGUGCCCUGGGACCCCAUCAACGACUCCAUGGGUGGACCUGUGACGCUGGACAUCCAGCCGAUGGCCGUGGGCAUGGCCUCGGCCGUGGCAGACUGCCAGGGCUCCGCGCCCGAAGAGAUGACCUUCCAGGGUGGUGACCACAUCGAGAUCCUGGGUGCCCAGGUGCCCGGCCUGCCGUGGUGUGUGGGCCGGCACGCGGCCUCCGGCCAGGUCGGGUUUGUGCGGACGAGUCUCAUCCGUGUGCAGGGCCAAGCGUCUGACUUGGAAAAUGUGAUUUUUCUCGAUGAAGAGGAGAGGUCUUUCUUCAGCAGUGAAGGACGUUUUUCAGAGGAGGACGCCAGGCAGCUCCUGAGCAGGGUGUCGGGCAAGGACGUCUGUGCUGUGUACAGCUUGGACACAGCAGAAGACGCUGAGCUCGAGCAGCAGUAAGAACUCGAAACGUCCACACCCUGCCUGCACCCGGAGCCGCCUGAGACUCUGCAGAGGGUGAAGAAUGUUCUAGAACAAUGCAAGUCCUGCCAGGGCCUCCCCGAGGAGCCAGGGUCCUGGGGCGUCCAUAGAGCAUCCAGUGGUUCGAGCUCGCCGGACACCGAGGAGCCCUCCUUCCUCCUGGACACCGGGGACGCCUGGGCCGACCCGGAGGCCCUGGGCUCGCUGCUGCGGUUCCUGGACGCGCCCGGGUUCGAGGCCCGCUUCCGUGGCCUGUACAGCCUCUCCCUGCCGCGACUGAGCAGAGUGUUCUGUGGCUUCACUGAUGAGGAGGAGCUGGCCGGGCGCCUGGCCCAGGCCCGGGGGGCGGCCAAGAAGGCCGAGCUGCCCAUGGCGCUCGCCAGGCUCUGCUUCCUCCUGGGACGGCUGUGCGUGCGGCGGCUGAAGCUGUCCCAGGCCCGGGUGUACUUCGAGGAAGCCCUGGGGGCGCUGGGGGGCCGCUUUGGCGACCUCUUCCUGGCAGUGGCCUUGUACACCAACCUGGCCUCUGUCCACCUGCGGCAGAAGAACCGGGAGAAGUGUGAACAGCUGGUGCCCAAGGCCUUGGCCCUGCUGCUGGGGACGCCUGGCCACGUCGGCACCGAGGCCGAGGCGGGACUCCUGAGGCUGGCCCUGCGGCGGGCCAUCUGCGGCCGCAGCCUGCAGGCCGAGGCCCGGGCCUGCUUCCUGCUGGCCAAGCACCACACCUGCCUCAAGCAGCCCGAGGAGGCCCUGCCCUUCCUGGAGCGGCUGCUGCUGCUGCUGGGGACCUCGGCGUCCCCGCGCGCCUCGUGGCCCAUGAACUGCUACCUGCUCCUGGCGGACGCCUACAGCCGCAAGUGCCUGCCGCACCUGGCGCUGGGCUGCGUCAAGGUGGCCUCGCUGCGGGCACAGGGCUCGCUGGGCAGUGCCCUCUGGAGCGCGGCCCUGGUCCUGCAGAACUGCCCCCGGCUCCACCGCCUCCCCUCCCAGCUCGCCCACUACCUCAGGCAGGCGCUGGCCUCCCCGGCCUCGGCCCCGGAGCGGACGCUGCACGGGCCCCUCUAUGCCAGCCUGGCCCGGCUGCACAGCCAGCAUGGCCAGCACGGCAGGGCCAUCGCCCUCAUGACACGGGCCGCGGAAAUGGAUGCCCAGACUGGCGGCCGCAGGGUCGUGGACCACCUGGUGGCCCUCGCCUGGCUGCACGUGCUUCACAGGCAAAGCCCGCUGGCCCUGGCCAUCCUGGAGUCCAUCCUGGAGGCGGCGGCGGCCACCCUGGACCAGGAGGGGGUGAUCGCCAACAUGACAGCCAUCGCCCUGAAGAGGACAGGCCGGACCCGCCGGGCGGCCGAGGGCUACUACCGCGCCCUGCGUGUCGCCAGGCGCCUGGGCCACGCGCGGAACCAGGCCGUGGUCCUGGCCAACUUCGGGGCCCUGUGCCUGCAGGCGGGCGCCGGCGGACUGGCCCAGCACUACUUCCUGGAGUCUGUGAAGCUCUUCUCGCGGCUGCCCAGCGGCGAGUGCGGCCCCGACUUCACGCAGGUGCUCCUGCGGCUGGGCCAGCUGUGCACGCGCAGGGCCCUGGCGCGGCAGGGCAAGUGCUACUACGAGUGGGCCUUUCUGGUCGCCGUGGAGGGGGACCAUCUCGAGAGCCAGCUGCAGGCCGUCCAACGGCUGUGUCACUUCUACAGCACAGUCAUGCCCAGCGAGGCCCAGUGUGUCGUCUACCACGAGUUCCAGCUCUCGCUGGCCCGCAGGGUGGCCGACAAGGCACUGGAGGGGCAGCUCCUGGAGACCAUCAGCCAGCUCUACUUGUCCCUGGGCACCGAGCGGGCCUACAAAUCGGCGCUGGACUAUACCAAGCGCAGCCUGGGGGUGUUCAUUGACCUCCAGCAGAAGGACAAGGAGGCACAGGCCUGGCUGCAGGCGGGGAAGAUCUACUACAUCCUGCAGCAGAACGAGCUGGUGGACUUGUACAUCCAGGUGGCACAGAACGCGGCCCUGUACACCGGGGACCCCAGCCUGGGGCUGCAGCUCUUUGAGGCGGCUGGCGACAUCUUCUUCAACGGGACCUGGGAGCGUGAGAAAGCCGUGUCCUUCUACCGGGACCGGGCGCUGCCCCUGGCCACGACCACAGGGAACCAGGAGGCGGAGCUGCGGCUGUGCAACAAGCUGGUGGCACUGCUGGCAGAGAUGGAGGUGCCUCAGGAGGGCCUGGAGUUCGCCCACACGGCCCUGGCGCUCAGCAUCACCCUGGGGGACCGGCUGAACGAGCGAGUGGCCUACCACCGGCUGGCCGCCCUGCACCACCGGCUGGGCCAAGGCGAGCUGGCCGAGCACUUCUACCUCAAGGCGCUCUCGCUCUGCUCCUCGCCGCUGGAGUUUGACGACGAGACGCUGUACUACGUGAAGGUGUACCUGGCGCUGGGCGACAUCAUUUUCUAUGACCUCAAGGACCCGCUGGACGCGGCCGGGUACUACCAGCUGGCCCUGGCGGCAGCCGUGGACCUGGGCAACAAGAAGGCACAGAUGAAGAUCUAUACGCGCCUGGCCGCCAUCUACCACAACUUCCUCCUGGACCGCGAGAAGUCCCUCUUCUUCUACCAGAAGGCCCGGACCUUCGCCACCGAGCUCAACAUCCGCCGGGGCCACCUGGCCCCUGGGCGGUGCUGCGGGCGGGCACCCUGGCUGGUCCCCGGGCCCCCGCCCUGAGCCCUGAGAGCCGUGGUCUCCUUCUGUGCCUGUGUUUCCAGCGGGACGCGCCUCCUGGGAAGAGGAGGCAUGAGGGCAGGGGUCAGAUAGUAAUAAAUAUUUUUGCAGAAACCUGG